UCCGCCUCCCGUGCAACUUUUGCCGAAGCCCCCACACACAGCCAUGCUGAGCUGAGCUCCGGCCGGGGACUGGCCGCGCGCUGCCCGCCCCGGCUCCCGCCCCACCGCGGACCCGCUCGGGGGCCGCGGCCGCUCGGCCCCUCGGCCUCCGCCGCUGCGCCCCCCCGGCCGCCCCGGAGGAGCCCCGCGCAGGGCCCGGGCCGCGGCGGCGGCGGCGGCGCCCGGCUCGCACCCCCGGCGCCUGCCCAGGGAGGCGGUGAUGCGGGCGCCGGCGGCCCCGGCUGCGCCGAGAGCGGAGACACAGGCUCAAGAUGGCAGAUUCCGACUGAGGCUGGGGGGGCCGAGCUCGCGCGCCGCGAUCCCUUCUCCGUUGCCAUGAAUCGCGGACACCCCGGCCCCGAUGGCCCCCGUGUACGAAGGUAUGGCCUCACAUGUGCAAGUUUUCUCCCCUCACACCCUUCAAUCAAGUGCCUUCUGUAGUGUGAAGAAAUUGAAAGUAGAGCCGAGUUCCAACUGGGACAUGACUGGGUACGGCUCCCACAGCAAAGUGUAUAGCCAGAGCAAGAACGUGCCACCUUCUCAGCCAGCCACCACAACCGUCAGCACCUCCUUGCCCAUCCCAAACCCGAGCCUACCUUACGAGCAGACCAUCAUCUUCCCAGGAAGCACCGGGCACAUAGUGGUCACAUCAGCAAGCAGCACUUCUGUCACCGGGCAAGUCCUCGGCGGACCACAUAACCUAAUGCGUCGAAGCACUGUGAGCCUCCUUGACACCUACCAAAAAUGUGGACUCAAGCGUAAGAGCGAGGAGAUUGAGAACACAAGCAGCGUGCAGAUCAUCGAAGAGCACCCACCCAUGAUUCAGAACAAUGCAAGCGGGGCCACGGUAGCCACUGCCACCACGUCGACUGCCACCUCCAAAAACAGUGGCUCCAACAGCGAAGGCGAUUACCAGCUGGUCCAGCAUGAGGUGCUGUGCUCCAUGACCAACACAUACGAGGUUUUGGAGUUCCUGGGCCGAGGGACAUUCGGGCAAGUGGUCAAGUGCUGGAAGAGGGGCACCAAUGAAAUCGUGGCCAUCAAGAUCCUGAAGAACCACCCGUCCUACGCCCGGCAAGGCCAGAUCGAGGUGAGCAUCCUGGCCCGCCUGAGCACCGAGAGCGCCGACGACUACAACUUUGUCCGGGCCUAUGAGUGCUUCCAGCACAAGAACCACACGUGCUUGGUCUUUGAGAUGCUGGAGCAGAACCUCUAUGACUUCCUGAAGCAGAACAAGUUUAGUCCCUUGCCCCUCAAGUACAUCCGCCCGGUCCUCCAGCAGGUAGCCACGGCCCUGAUGAAACUAAAGAGCCUGGGCCUCAUCCACGCCGACCUCAAACCGGAAAACAUCAUGCUGGUGGAUCCGUCCAGACAACCGUACCGGGUGAAGGUCAUCGACUUUGGGUCGGCCAGUCACGUGUCCAAGGCCGUGUGUUCCACGUACUUGCAGUCCAGAUACUACAGGGCCCCUGAGAUCAUCCUCGGCUUACCGUUCUGUGAGGCGAUCGACAUGUGGUCCCUGGGCUGCGUCAUCGCCGAGCUGUUCCUGGGCUGGCCGCUCUACCCAGGCGCCUCCGAGUACGACCAGAUUCGGUAUAUUUCACAAACACAGGGUUUGCCAGCUGAAUAUUUAUUAAGCGCGGGGACAAAGACAACGAGGUUUUUCAACCGUGACACGGACUCGCCGUAUCCUUUGUGGAGGCUGAAGACACCAGAUGACCAUGAAGCAGAGACGGGGAUUAAGUCAAAAGAAGCAAGAAAGUACAUUUUCAACUGUUUAGAUGACAUGGCCCAGGUGAACAUGACCACAGACUUGGAAGGGAGUGACAUGUUGGUGGAAAAGGCAGACCGGCGGGAGUUCAUCGACCUGUUGAAGAAGAUGCUGACCAUCGAUGCUGAUAAGAGAAUCACUCCGAUCGAAACCCUGAACCACCCCUUUGUCACCAUGACACACCUACUCGACUUUCCCCACAGCACACACGUCAAAUCAUGUUUCCAGAACAUGGAGAUUUGCAAGCGUCGGGUGAAUAUGUAUGACACCGUGAACCAGAGCAAAACCCCAUUCAUCACACACGUGGCCCCCAGCACAUCCACCAACCUGACCAUGACCUUCAACAACCAGCUGAACACUGUCCACAACCAGGCUCCCACCUCCACCAGUGCCACUAUUUCCUUAGCCAACCCCGAGGUCUCCAUACUAAACUACCAAUCUGCACUCUACCAGCCCUCAGCGGCCUCCAUGGCGGCGGUGGCCCAGCGGAGCAUGCCCCUGCAGACGGGAACAGCCCAGAUCUGCGCCCGGCCGGACCCCUUCCAGCAAGCCCUCAUCGUGUGUCCUCCCGGCUUCCAAGGGCUGCAGGCCUCUCCCUCGAAGCAUGCUGGCUAUUCCGUGCGCAUGGAGAAUGCUGUUCCCAUCGUCACUCAAGCCCCAGGAGCUCAGCCUCUUCAGAUCCAGCCAGGCCUGCUUGCCCAGCAGGCCUGGCCAAGUGGGACCCAGCAGAUCUUGCUUCCCCCGGCAUGGCAGCAGCUGACCGGAGUGGCCACCCACACAUCAGUGCAGCAUGCGACUGUGAUUCCUGAGACCAUGGCAGGCACCCAGCAGCUGGCCGACUGGAGGAACACGCACGCUCACGGCAGCCAUUACAAUCCCAUCAUGCAGCAGCCGGCGCUCUUGACUGGUCAUGUGACCCUCCCAGCAGCCCAGCCCUUAAACGUGGGCGUGGCCCACGUGAUGCGACAGCAGCCAACCAGCACCACCUCCUCCCGGAAGAGCAAGCAGCAUCAGUCCUCUGCCAGAAACGUCUCCACCUGUGAGGUGUCCUCCUCUCAGGCCCUCAGCUCCCCUCAGCGGUCCAAGCGCGUCAAGGAGAACACGCCGCCCCGCUGCGCCCUGGUGCACGGCAGCCCGGCCUGCAGCUCCUCCGUCACAUGCGGCUGGGGCGACGGCGCCUCCAGCACCACCAGGGAGAGGCAGCGGCAGACCAUUGUCAUUCCAGACACCCCCAGCCCCACGGUCAGCGUCAUCACCAUCAGCAGCGACACGGACGAGGAGGAGGAGCAGAAGCACGCUCCCACCAGCACCGUCUCCAAGCAGAGGAAGAACGUCAUCAGCUGCGUCACGGUCCACGACUCUCCGUACUCCGACUCCUCCAGCAACACCAGCCCCUACUCCGUGCAGCACCGCCCCGGGCACACCACCACCGCCUUCGACACCAAGGGGGCCCUGGAGAGCCACUGCGCCGGCAACCCCCGCACCAUCAUCGUGCCCCCCCUGAAGACCCAGGCCAGCGACGUGCUGGUGGAGUGUGACGGCCUGGUGCCAGUCAACACCAGUCACCACUCGUCCUCCUACAAGUCCAAGUCCUCCAGCAACGUGACCUCCACCAGCGGCCACUCGUCAGGGAGCUCGUCGGGAGCCGUCGCCUUCCGGCAGCAGCGGCCGGGGCCCCACUUCCAGCAGCAGCAGCCGCUCAACCUCAGCCAGCCCCCAGUGCAGCCCUCUCCUGGUGCUUCUCCUUGUCCAGGCUCAGCAGCACAUCACUGCAGACCGCACCGGGAGCCACCGACGGCAGCAGGCCUACAUCACCCCCACGAUGGCCCAGGCUCCGUACUCCUUCCCUCACAACAGCCCCAGCCACGGCACUGUGCACCCCCACCUGGCCGCCGCCGCCGCCGCCCACCUCCCCACCCAGCCCCACCUCUACACCUACACGGCGCCCGCCGCCCUGGGCUCCACCGGCACCGUGGCCCACCUGGUGGCCUCCCAGGGCUCGGCGCGCCACACCGUGCAGCACACUGCCUACCCGGCCAGCAUCGUCCACCAGGUCCCCGUGAGCAUGGGCCCCCGGGUGCUGCCCUCGCCCACCAUCCACCCGAGCCAGUAUCCGGCCCAGUUUGCCCACCAGACCUACAUCAGCGCCUCUCCGGCCUCCACCGUCUACACUGGAUACCCACUGAGCCCCGCCAAGGUCAACCAGUACCCGUACAUAUAGACACUGGAGGGGCACGCGGGCGGGCGGCGGGCGUCUGCACUGAGGACGCCGCACGGCAGCAGAGCGAGGCCCGGUGGGCGGGCGGGCACUGGUGACACUUGAACUAGGAAAUGUGAGGACUGAGCCGAGAAGAGAGCAUUUUUAAAAAGAAGGGAUUCGGGAGGGGAUCUAUGCUUUUUAUUUUAAAAAGAAAAAGGAAAAAAAAGAAAGCGUCGGUAACAAAAACACAGCUCACGUACCCAUUCUGCACCAAACUGGAAAGGAGAAGAGAGAGCGACGGAAGAUUCCAGAAGAGGGGCCAGUUUCUGAAGAACUUUAUCUAUGAACUUUUCAAAGGUCAUCUUCAUGUGGCAGCAAGUGACAUUUAAGAAUUUGCUGUCAGGGGACACCCGAUAUGGAAAUCCAAUAGAUUUUUCAUGGUUGAACAUGAGCAUUAGGGAUUUUUCCAGAACCCUAAAGGAUCAACAGCCCUGGAGGUCAGGCCUCGGCCUGCGAGGCUGAUGUUGGGCUGUUCUGGCUCCUUGGGAGGGGUUGGGGGGGGAGUGGUUCGCAGGAAGCCCUCCCCGAGGGCACGGCUCCUCUGAGCGCUCUGGAUAAAUCCCUAAGAAAGUGACUCCUCAAAUGUCAUUAAUACUGUGUGUCGCAAACUUUAGUUUUUUUCUUCUUUCUGAAGAUUUCUUUCCUCCUCGAAUCGAUCCCUAGCCGGUAGCAGGGCUGGCGGGCGUUGCCGACACCCGGUGGAAUGUAGCACUCUGCACCCUCUGCUUUGUGGUGACUCCGGUGAUCCCAGUAGACUGUCCUCAGUGUGACGCGCACAGUGACGGACGCAGGCGCGGCCAGUGCGGGGCCCGGGGCGGCCGCGGCUCUGUCCUGGCUUGACACCAUUCCCUCCUAGUGCCUUACGGAACCAGAGCGGGAGGGUCUCCUUCCUCGGUACUCCAAGACGCUGACGGGCAGUCAGAGCAUCUCGGCACUUUUGUGCUGUCGAAACAUUUUACUCUGGUCUUUCCUCUCUUUGUUUUUAAAUGUUAAUUUAAUCUAAUGUCAGUGCCCAUUGUCUGUCGAGGGCUGUCUGCUGGCGGAGGGGUGGCAGGGGGCUGGCAGGGCCCGGAGAGCCCCCGGAUGUUGAGAGGUGGGGUGGGUGGGGGGGUUGGGCCCGGUGGGCGUGAUGGUUUUAGAUGACUGUUUCUGGACAGAGCAGUUCUACCUGCACGGCUGCUCGCCCUUUGUGGGGCCAGAGGUCCCUCUGCGCUGGCCUUGCAAGUGGCUGCCUCCUUCCUGGUGAGGAGAGGAUAGGAGAGGAGGCCGCCAGCCGCCUGCCACCUCCUGGCCGGCACACUCCGUCCGCCCCUGCGGGCUGGAGGGCUGGGCUGGGGAUCAGGCCGCCGCGCCCCCUCCUCCCCCCAGCCUCGCUGUCGCUCACCCUCUCCUCUGGCUCCCCGGCUGCCGCCCUCUCUGCAGACUACACCAGCCUGUGCUCCCUGCGGCUCUUCCUCCUCAUCUGGGCCUGCCCACGGCGCCACUUGGUUUUGGUUUCUGAGGGUCUGGAGGGCAGAAGGCAGGGGGACAUCCAUGGGGGUGACCAGGAGGCCCUCUGCCACCCCUUGGAGGCCCCUCCCGCCGCCAGUAAGGUUUCCAAAGAAAUUGCCCUUUGCCCUCUUUGCACCUUUGACACAUUCUGGACGUUUCUCAGGCUUGAACUGCUGGAGGCAGGUGGGGGUCUUAGGAGACUAUGUGGUCAGAGGGGGGCCCUAAAGGCGGGCUCUCCACACCGAGUCCCCACGCGGUGGCAUUCCCAAGGUGCAGAGAGGCCGCUCCUGUCCUCGCCCCCCUCCCGCCUCCCUCCAGGCUCCCUAACGAUCUGCCUGCCUGCCUGCCUGCCUGCCUGCCUGCCGGGAAAGGUGUUUUAUAGUCACAUCCGACCUAAUUCAGUGAGGAAGCCAAACCUUUACCUUAGCUCUUAGCUGUGAAAUGUGAACUGACUCUGGAAAUUUCCCCUCCCGACCACAAGUCCUGCUUCCCUUACAGAGGUCCCCUCAGCCCAGGCCUCAGGCCGGGAGGAAGGGACGCCAGACAGCCCCAGGGGCCCAGCGGGCCGGACGCUCUGUCCGUGGUCUGUCCGAUGUGGGGAGGGCGUCCUGAGACGACAGGAGACGGCCAGUCUGGGGGGGGGGGGGGGGGGUUGGAGGGUGACGUUGGAGGCCGUGCUGGCCUGAACGGAUGGCAGCAGCUCCCCACCAGCUCCUGAGCCCAGUCACCUCGGGGCUGCACGUGAGCCUCCGUCGGCCUCACUGGGGCAUCCCCCGCCCUCGCGCAGCCUGACCCCCACAGAAAAGACAACCAGCCUUCCGUCUCGAAGCAGAUGACUCUGUCUACCACGUCGACUUUCACCUGACACUUCUCUCCUUUUCUUCCAGACCGGGAAGGAAAGGUCCAUGCUGCUCCUAGGAUGAUAUUAUUGUACUAAUUAUUGUAAUUAUUAUCAUUAUUAUCGUGUGUGGAUAUUUUAGUUGGGGUUUGAAAUGCACACUUAUUCCAUGUAUCUUUGUGUUUUCUCUUUAAUAUUUAAACUUAUUUUAUUAUAUCUGUGAGUACACGAGUAGACAGGAAGGACAUGCAGAUGUCCGGUUUUGCCAGACAGAAGCUAUUAGGUGAAGUGUUUGUCAUCUCUCCCACAAAGAGCUGCGGGACAGACCCCGCAGAACAGAGUGAAGAACGGAGGCCUUGGCCCCUGCGCAGCCCGGCCCGGGCGUUGGCCACGCCGGCCGCGGUGCUGAGCCUGAGUGUGGGCCCCGCCUGCCCUGCCCUUGAACCCUGCUGCCCGGAUCCGGGGCCUGCCCACGCCUGCCCCGCACCUGCCCAGCCAAAAGAGCCCCCUGCCCGCAGCUGGUGCAGCCCCCCUAGGUCCCCCCCUCUCCCGUCCGUGCACCAGGAGGGUGGCUCACUCAGCCCAGAGGCCAUGGUCCCUCCCGGAAGCCCAGGUAAUGCUGCCGGGCAGGCAAUGCCGCCUCCCCCACCCACCUCCCACCACACCGCCCACUUCCCCAGCCUGGCCCCUGCCCCCAGGACAUCUCCGUUGGCAAUCCUAGGGACAAACUAGCGAGCCAAAAAGGUGGAGGGAUGCUAGGAGGCGGGUGGACACGGACGCCCAGCAGCUGCGCAGACACAUGGGCCCACAGUGCCCUGCGUUUUCCAUCAGCAAGGGGAGCCUGCGCUGCCCACAAAGCCAGCAACGCCAGCCCCGGUUGAAGAAAGGGUUGAAAUGCCAGCUUCCCUGAAGGAAACGGGGGAGCCGCUGGGAGAUGGGCAGGACCCAGUCCCACAGAUGGUCCCCUAGUCCCCGCCCACCUCUCUGUUCCCUGGCACUUGCCCGCAUCUCCCAUCCCGUCCUCCACCUGAGUCACCCUAGCAAAUUGGAUGAGCAGAAGGCUGCCCACCCCUAGGACCAGGCUCUCAAGUAGAGGGGCGUCGACCCAGCCCUGUGUAGACCUCAGGUACCAUAACCUAGAGCAUCCUCUGUCCAGUAAUUGGCUGCUUCCUUCUCUGCUGAGGAAGCAUGGUAAGAGUGAGAGGAGGAGACAUUCAAGAGGACAGGCGGGUGAGGCUGUGCCGUGGGCACCCGGAGCCGCAGGUCCACCCGCUCCUGCGCCGGGUCCUCGCCCGCCCUCCGGGGGGUUCGCACCCGUGUCUCUGCGCUCAGGGCCUCUUCCGUGACGAUCGGGCUGUUUCCAAGGGAAGGGGUGAGCAGGCCGAUGGGCGGGAGAGUCUGAGGCUUGAUGCCAAUUACUUUUGUGAAAGAGCAUGGGUUGGUGGAUUCAGAGGGGAAAGGAGGGUGGGGGCAAGCCGGUGGUUGUCUCCCAGAUCGGAUUUGCAUCCGGGCCUUACGGGCCCCGAGUGGCUUGCAGGCCCUGGGAGCCGGCCCGCAGUCCCCGUCCCCCUGGGAGACAACCACCCGGACACCAGGCCGCUGGGCGUGGGGAGGGGAGGCGAGGGCGGCGCGGCUGCCAGCGGCUGCUUCCCCGCGACCAGGCCUGUAGAAUUGCAGACCCUCGUUUUUGAACAAGCUUGUGGCGGAGGACUGGGGGGUGAGAGUGAGUGAGUGGGUGAGUGAGUGGAGCAGACUUUCUUGGAAAACGGAGGAAGGAGACGAGGAGGCUUGAGGAGCUGAUCCCGAUGGGCUGUGGGGGGUGGAACGCGGUGUCCGCGGGCUGGCCCAGCUCCCAUCCGGACUGGGGCUGGGGUUGGGGGUCGGACAGGAUGUGGGAGUGUGGGACAGGAAACAGGAGAACAUAACCAGGUAGCAGAGGAAAGUCAGCCUUGAGCAGCAGAGAAAACCCAGCAGAGAGGCAACCUCACUGCGCCAGCAUGACAGCUUUGCCACAAGGCAUUCCAGCCUGGGGACUCGGCGUGCUUCUCGGCCUCCCCGUCCGCCUUUUCUUUCUGGAGUGUCUUACAGACUGCAUGGGGAACCCUCAGAAGGAAGCAGGCCAGAGUUUCCCUUACCAAAUCGUUCCUUUCUUUAGCCAAAGAGCCCUUCCCAGAGACACCUCCAAACACAGACAGCAUGAUGGCCCUCCGGUCCUUCCUCUCGGGGCAAUAAUGACAUCGUGAGUGAUGCCGUUCCAUUUGUCUUUCUCUUUCCCCCGUGUCCUGACUUUUCGUUGUUGCGUUGAUUUCAAAGCUGUGCUGGCCUUCUCAGAGAAGCAGAUUAGGAACCUAACGCUGCUGCUGUGGGGGGACUGGGGACACCCGGCGAGUCUGUGAGCUUAGCUGAGCUCGCGUCACCCCGGGCCUGACCGGGCAGGCCUGCCGGGAAGCUCAGCUGCGUUUGGGGUUUGCAUGGCGCCGGAGCCGGGCUUCCAGUACUUCUCCGCUUUGAUGCCUUUGGACUCUCAUUUCUAAUCGCCACAGACUAGUCCGUAAAAUCUCAGCCGGCUAGAGAAUCGGAGAUGGUGACAUGACACUUAGUUGCAACAGAGACUUUCAGAGACCAUUGCACCUCUGUCACUAGCAUCAUCACCCCCACCACCCCCACCCCCUGCAGAGGCUUCUCACACGGUGCCUGCUCUUCCCUUCACACCCCGUUGGCACGGAUGGGACUCUCCAUAGGGCAUGCUCUCCGAAUACCUGUCCCAGAGGGGCCCUCCUGAGUGCCCCCAACUCAACUCCCACAAGCCUCUCAGAGCCCCGAAUCUCAAGAGUAUUAGAUCGACGGUCUCAUUUCUUCUCAAAACCCGCAGCGUCCCUCACCGAAAACCCAACAUUGGUUGGAUCCUUCAGUGCUCCAGGCCCAGGCCAAGCCCUGGGAGGUGGCCUCAUGGUGCCCUCAGGGCCACCCCAUGUGCGAUGCCCCCGUUACUGGUGGGGGGUUGGUGAGGAAGCUGAUGUUCUAACAAAAGGAAAAGCAGUAAAUAAAAAUAAGAAAAGAAAAUCUAAUAGUGGUCUGAAAUUGCCACAUUUCUAAUGACAUUUUUGUUGAAGUCUUGGCUGAGAUAGGAGUUUUAAUUAGCAGCCUCAUAUUUCUGACCAACCAUUUAGUGGUACUCCCCUCGAUUGUGUGCCGAACACUGUGCUCAACACUGCUCAUCAGUGAGCUUGUUUGCCCGGGUCUUCAGAAAAACUGCGAAAUCAGCAACAGUCACCCCGUCACAGAGGAGUCAGCUGCAGGUCACCCAGCGAGGGUGGAGCGGGCCUUGAACCCAGGUCUGAGCCGCUAGCCUCGGUGUCUCCCGUGUUUAAACGCAAAGGGAGGCCUUGAGAUGUCCCCGCGCCGUUGCUCACCACGCGUGGGACUCGGCAGCAGGUCUGCAUGGAGAGGGAGCCCCAAAUUGGAGGCGAGCGGAGGGGCAGCAGUAGCUUGACUUUUAGAGAAAACUGUAGGGGUGUUUCUUUCGAUUCAUAAUAGAAUUUGUUUUAGGUCCCUUUCCAGUGUACCAGCUAGUCUUAGUACCGCUGCCACCACAAACUCAUGAGAGUGAAAAGGAAAAAAAGUGUUCUUUCCCUCUUUAAAAAAAACACAUUUUUUUUCUUGCUUAUAGUUAAUUCUAGAAAGACAAUACUAAAGGUAUAAAAAAAAAAAAAGUGCUGAUUUUGACUGCACUGAUAAACAUCAUGACAAGUCUGCUCUCGUAACCGACCCACGCUUCAGCUCUGGGUAGAACCAGGGGUGGGGUCACACCAAAUUUGUAAAUACCAUGUAUGGGGCUGGUGUCCUGGAACUUUUUUCUUUUUUAAAAAAAAAAAAAAAAUAGGAGGAGAAAGAUGAUUUUUAGAAAGAGGAGCAAAAUAAAGUUUUAUCUGAGACAGUCUUCUCAGAGUUGGUGGAGAGCAGCGGUGUGGAAACUGAGGGGAGAGUCUCUCGCCGGCGUCCGAGACUGUGUAUUUCGGUUGAAAGGUGACAGUUUAGAAGUACCUUGGGACUCGGUGUUUAAUUUUUUAGAAAAUUCUUAUUUGUUAUGAAACAUCUCCUCAGUUGUUUUGGGUGGGAGUUUUUUGUUUGUUUCUUUUUUAUUUUAAAAACUUCUCUAUUGGCUGGCUCCAGGCUUGUCUGCCUAAACUCUUGGGUAGUUUACACAAGUUCUGGAGUGUUCCAAAACUUGAACUCUAUUGAAAGCAAACCCAGCUCGUUGGAAGUAGAUCCUGGUUGGUUUCGGUAGGCGUGCUGGAAUUCUGACGGAGCACCUAAAGGUUCUUCUGAAGAAGGUUUAGCUACAUUAUCUUACACAAACUGUGACCUAAUGGCAAUAAUACCUCAAAUGUGGCAUUCGUCCCAGAUGUAGCCUCUUUUGAAGUCAUGUAGCCGGCCUGCUCCUGGGAUUUAGAAGACUGUGAACUCUGUGGGCUUGAGUGAAUUCCGAAAAUAGCUGGUCUUCACGACGAAAAUUAAACCGAGGAAGAGCUGACUCUCUGUCUGUUGUGAUCAAAUGUGAUGUCCCAAUGCACAUGUUCAGUCCUCACGUUCUUAGCUACUGUAACGCGCUGUUCGCCUCCUAAGGCAGCGAUCGAGUCACAUUUUAAAUGUGUACAUUCAAUAACUGACCGUGGAUGCUGAAGCAUUUUUCUGGCUACAUUUUAUAGUGAAAGUGUUUUAUAGUUUACAUUUAAACUGGUACUUUAAAAAAAAACAAAAAACAUUUCUGUUUAUAACUGACAUCUUCAGACCCUGGUGAGCACCCCCCAAGGCAGGGUCCCACCCAUACUGUUGUGUUAUGUAGCACCACCCUUCGCUUAUGGUUUCCAUGGGAACGAGACAGAUGUGGAAGGGUUUCCAGGUUAGGUCCACAGCCUGGGCCAGAUGCGAAGACCUCGUGUGCCGUGUAUCCACCCUUCAAGGCCUUGACAUCUCAGAAGAGGCAGAGAGAACAGACGCCUGGUUCAUUGACUUUGUCUUGAUUUGAAUGUUUAACUUACCGAUGAUCCACUGACCUCCAUUGACCAGGCAGUAGGAGACACUGGGAUCCAGGGAGCCCUGAAGUUCUGCUGCUGUAUCCGGGCCCCCUGGCGGCAUCCUGCUGGGGCUUUCCGCGGGGGUCGUCCACCCAUCCCUCCGCCUGUGCUCAUUGGCUACGUUCACCCUAUCUGCUGUCAUCCUGUCCUUCUCUCCAUGGACACUAAAUACAUGCAAAAGGAUGUGUCUGUUCAACGUAGAUUUGAGGCCUAGGUCAGUGGGAGGGGGGCCUGGGUCCUUCCUAGUGGUUGUGAGUCCGCUGAGCAGGAGGGCUGGGGACUGAGGGCCGUGGGGCCGCCGAGGCCCGUUGAAGGAGCGGUCAGAACUGAAGGCGAGAGACUCAGAGCCAGGCCCGGGUCCUGCGGGUGUCGCUGUGUGAGGAGGACCCGCUGUGAACUAAAGGGCAUUCCUUUAGCAGAGGAGACCUUGGGACCUGUUUGUGGUUUUGUUUUUAAAACGCAUCUGCUUUUUCCCUGUGAACUCUGUCGACAGCACGUUCCUAUUUCAGGUUUCUGUUAGAAAUCUUAUUGUGAGGUAUUUGUCAUCUCACCCCUUCUGCUUACACCCCCGCUCUCCUCCGAUGGGCUCUCCCUUUGCUUUACUUAAGCAGAUGAGUUUUCCACCAUUGUCUUUGGGUCUUAACCCUAUUUUUUAAAACUAGAGGUAUGGAAAUUGGCUUUUUUAAGUAAGUAUCCUGUGUCUGAAAAAGGGCUCUGCCAUUGCUUGCUAGUUUCCUUUCAACCAGUCACCACACGAGCCUCCCCACUCGGCCUCGCCCCGCGUGGUGUCCCGUCACUGUCCCCGGGCCCCGCCGGCCUCCGCCCUGCUGGGGCCGCAGCCCCGCGGCCAGGCACCCUGCCCCCGGAAGCUCUCAGGAGCCGGCACGAAGGGCCCACGCAGCCUUGUGAGGGGUGGUCUCGCCUCCCAGUUGGUCGCCUGCUUGGUCGAAGGAGCAGUGGACUUAUCAUUAUUUUAAUAGUUUGGCUCAGGUUAUGAGGACUUGGGAAGGGAAAAGUGGUUUGACCACGCCCAUUCUUUGUAGCUUUCCGUGACUUCUGAAUGGAACAUAGUGUCCCUACCCCCUGCCCCGCCCUUCCCAGCAGGCAUCCCUGUUGGCGAUGCCUCCACAUGGCAUGGUUUCUCCCCACCCCCACCCCCACCCCCACUCGCCUCCCUCGUGUUACCGCUCAUUUCUUCGUGGCUUUCCCAGAGCACAAUCAUUUCUCCCCCCAAAGCAACUGCUCAUCCUCUGUGCGCAUCCUUUUAACCAAAUGAAGUAGACCAGGAAGGCAUCCUUUGGGGCACCAGAAUUUCUAGUUUAGUAGAGAAUCACUGUGUAGAUAGAGAGGUGGGUAUGUAUGUUUGUGGGAAUAUGUGUAUAUAUAUAUAUACAUCAAACCAAAUGGCGGGUAGGAGAAGCAUAGCUUUACGGAGGAGGAGGAGGAGACGGUGGAGGAGGAGCUUUUAGAAGUUGGAUUCGGCCCCGGGCUGCACUGGCCACACCUGGGCCGGGGGCUCGCCGAGUGGGGGCAGGUGCCCCGAGCGCCGCUGCUCUCUGGGUCCCCAGCGUCAAGGGCAGAGGUGAGCGAGGGAGGCAACGAGUCACAAUGACUGGAAUUUUCCAUCUCGAUUUGCUUUGACCACAUAUAUUGAGCUGCCGUCUCUGGUGUUAUAUCACGUUUCCAAAAAUGGUAUCCAUUAGGGUGGAAAGAGAACGGAUCUGUAGAAACGUUUACCUUCCAACUGCCCGUGAACUUAGGACACUCUGGACGGAAGGAAGGCUCACGCCCCAGAAUGAGAACAGGGGAGAGGAGACCAGGUGACGCUCGGUCACCAGUCCAAGGGAUGUCGCUCCCUCCCCGAGGUCAGCUGGUCUAGAUCUUUCUCUUCCAGGUCAUCUCAGCUCAAUAACCCUGUGGAAGCCCUGGUCUGUUGUGUUCCUUCACUGUACUGUUUCUGUAAUGAAAAGUGUUAAUCCACGUUAAUCUUUGUGAAAAUUAUUGCGUGCAACAGUAUUUUCUCGUGUACCUCUUUUUCCUAUGUGAAUUGUCCCGCUUCUCUUUUUUAUUUAUAAAUGUCUACUUUUUUAAAAAGACAAACCAAUGUGUCGUAGACCUCUAUGUAACCUACUCCUUAGUCUCAUAUUAUAGGUAUGUUAUAAGAAUGGAUAUUUUACUUGGCUUUAGAAUGUUUUACAAGAAAAAUAAUUCUUAACUGAUCAAGUCCUUGCUACUAAAAUGCUUGUGUUUUUUCAUCAUGACGUCGUGUGCUUCUAAAUUAAUAAUCAUUUUCGUUGUAGAAAAAUGGAGUGAAUUUAUAUUAGUCUUGGAAACUAAUAAUAGCAUUGUAAAUUUAUGAGAUGAUUUUAACAGAAAAAAAAAUUAUAGAAGAAUAUAGUUAUUUUAAUUGUAAUAUUACUAACUGUAGGGUGAGAAGGGGGUCCCGUGUGGUGAACUAUGUUAUAGCUUGUUACUCACAGUUUCUUUUUGAUCAUUUUUUCGGUCUCUGAGGUGAAACGAGUUAUUAAUUAAAAUUUGUAAACUCACAUAUGCAUAUUGUAUAUGUGUAGCGAUGUAAUCACACUUUGUCUUGGAAUUACAUUAAACUGUUUGGAAUCACUGUC